AUGGACUUGAUGAGCUUUUAUUCAAUUCCCCCACCGGUUAGGCGGCAUCAAGAGGAAGUGAACUACAUUGGUGGAAAUUUCGUGUAUCCUGGCCAGAACGUCUAUCAAGGAGCUCGAUACCAGCCUAAGCAACAAGUCUAUCCCAAGGGAUUCCAUCAGGUGGAGCAUCCCUUCACUUUCCCUCAAGCUGUUGCACCGGCUCAACAAGAAGAGAAGUUAGAUGUGGUCUUCAAAAGAUACAUGGAGGAGCAAAGGCAAACCACCCAUAGCCUCUAUGAGAAGCUAGAUCGUGUCUUCACUGAUCUUUGCAAAAAUUUUGGGCAUCUCUCCACUCAUGUCCAGAAUUUGGAGGUUCAAAUAGUCCAAACCGCGGAAGCCGUAGAGAAACAAAAUGAGGUAAUCCCUACAACAUUUUGUAGCAUUGUCUCACCUAAGGAAGACCAGCUCGUACCUAUACCUAAACCAUCUCUAGAAGGAGAAGAAGAAGCUGAGCCUAAGGAGAGCCAAAAACCGGAGAGGUUUCCAUGGGAGUCAAAGAGAGCAUACAAGAGAAGGCUUGUGAACAAGCCAUUGCCAAAGCUAGAAGAUCCGGGGAAGUUUGUGAUUCCCAUUUCUAUCAAUGGGUGUGAAAUCAAUGACUGCCUAUGUGACACUCACUACAAGAAAAAACUUCUUUCGUCUUAUUCUAGAUUUUGCGGGCAACAGAGGUUUGGCGUAGAUCUGGAGCUCAGAUUUUUGACGGUUGACGGCUCCAUAUCUACAGUAUUCGCCUUCAAUUUCGUCUCUCUAGCUUCUCACCAAUUUCACACCAUGGUUCCCAACUGA